AUGACUGCCGAAAUUCAAGGCAAGACAAACUCUCUCGCGGAACUCAACCGCAAGUUUUGGGAUACGAACGCCGACUCCAUCUUCGAGCAAGACUGGCUCAAGAUCUUCGCGGAGCAACUCACUCGCUUCCUCCGCACACAAGCACCGAAUCUGGGCUUUCGCUCCCGGGACGCAGAAAACCCCGUCCGCUUGCUUGACUAUGCUUGCGCCCGUGGCGGGGCCUCGUGGUCCCUGGCCCCCUUCGUCGACGAGAUCCUCGGCAUCGACAUCGCUCCAGCAAUGGCCGACCGCUUCAACAGUCACGCAUCGCGUCUGGGAUACACCGCAUCUCAAGCUCAUGCCGUCGCGGGAGAUCUUACCACCGAUGACUCUCUCGCAGCGCCAGCCUCCUUCGACGUCGUCAUCAUCUCCCUCGCCCUGCACCACCUCGACGACCCGCCCGCCAUGUUGGGCCGCCUUGCUGAGCGACUGAAGCCCGGUGGUGUGCUUGUUGCUGUUGAAGGGAUAGAUACCGAUGAGAAACCUGCUGGUGCGGUUGCUGAGUUGGCCGUCACGUAUGCAGCUCAUGGAGACAUACAUCAUCGCGGGCACAGCCAUGACCAUGGUCAUUCACAUACUCACAAGAACAUCGAGGGAGAAGUGCUGGAGACGACGAACCAGCACAUUUACGAUGAGGCAACUUUCAGAAAGUGGUUUGGAGAUGCUAGGUGUGACGACAAGUUUGUGUAUAUUGUGAACGACGAAGUUAGUCAUAUCCCUGCGUCGGCGUCUAAUGUUCCCGGAGGCUUGAACCGAAAGAUGGUGAUUGCGGCGGCGAUGAAGCGGUAG